AUGACUAUUCCAACUACAAAAAUCCGCCAGAAAAAAGUGAGUUAAUUUUUUUUUUCAAAAAAUUUUUGAUUCAAAUCCAUUUUGACAAUGAAAAUUGAUACUUUUUUUCGCCCCUAAAAAAAAAGAAAAAGGAAAAAUAAAUAUUUGUGGGAAAGUGAUUUUUGGCGCGAAAAAUCAAACGAUUUUUUUUUGUGUAAUAAAAUUUUUUGAAACAUUAAAAAUGAACUUUUUGAAGCCAUUUUUUGAGCUAAAAUUUAAAAAUUCAAAUUUCGCGCAAUUUUUUCUCUGUCUUCUCUGCGUCUCUUAUAAGUCUAGAUUAUCUAGACAGUUAUUUUCCUCUGCGUCUCUAACACGUUCUCUUUCUCUAACCUAUGCUAUUGCUCUGCGUCUCUAACCUAAAAGUUAUCUUUAUUUCUCUGCGUCUCUAACACGCCGAGAUUUUUUGGCCCCAUAAUUUUUAUUCAAAUUUUUCCCACGUCCUCUUUUUUUGCUUCGAAAUUGCCUUCGUCACGAAAAAAACUCUAUCUUUUUCAUUUUUUUUCGCAAGAAAAAGCUGGCCGAAAUUCGAUUUUCCCCCAAGAGACGAGACUUCGAUUCUUUUUUGUUUUUUCAGAAAAAAAAUUGUGUGAUUCAUUUUUUGAUUGGAAAAAAAAUGAGAAAUGAGGAAUUUAAUAAAAAAAAUAUUUUCUAUCACGUUAGAAAAACACAUUUUUUCUCAUUUCCAAAAUUUUUUGACUCAAAAACCACGUAAUUUUUUUUUGAAAAAGCUCUCUAGGCUCGGCUACUUGACAACUAGGAUUUCUAGGCUCGGCUACUUGACAACUAGGAUUUCUAGGCUCGGCUACUUGGCAUAGAUGAUCUCAAGGUGUGGUGCCUUGCCAGAAAAGGAUUCUAGAUGCGGGUACUUAAGAACCAUGCUCUCUAGGCGCGGCUACUUGACAACUAGGAUUUCUAGGCUCGGCUACUUGACAACUAGGAUUUCUAGGCUCGUCUACUUGACAACUAGGAUUUCUAGGCUCGGCUACUAGACAACUAGGAUUUCUAGGAUCGGCUACUUGACAACUAGGAUUGGUAGGCGCGGCUACUUGAAAACUAGGAUUUCUAGGCUCGGCUACUUGACAACUAGGAUUUCUAGGCUCGGCUACUAGACAACUAGGAUUUCUAGGAUCGGCUACUUGACAACUAGGAUUUCUAGGCUCGGCUACUAGACAACUAGGAUUUCUAGGCUCGUCUACUUGACAACUAGGAUAUCUAGGCUCGGCUACUUGACAACUAGGAUUUCUAGGCUCGGCUACUAGACAACUAGGAUUUCUAGGAUCGGCUACUUGACAACUAGGAUUGGUAGGCGCGGCUACUUGAAAACUAGAAUUUCUAGGCGCGGCUACUUGACAACUAGGAUUUCUAGGCUCGGCUACUUGACAACUAGGAUUUCUAGACUCGGCUACUUGACAACUAGGAUUUCUAGGCUCGGCUACUAGACAACUAGGAUUUCUAGGAUCGGCUACUUGACAACUAGGAUUUCUAGGAUCGGCUACUUGACAACUAGGAUUUCUAGGAUCGGCUACUUGACAACUAGGAUUUCUAGGGUCGGCUACUUGACAACUAGGAUUUCUAGGCUCGGCUACUUGGCAUAGAUGAUCUCAAGGUGUGGUGCCUUGCCAGAUAGGAUUUCUAGGCUCGGCUACUUGACAACUAGGAUUUCUAGGCGCGGCUACUAGACAACUAGGAUGUCUAGGAUCGGCUACUUGACAACUAGGAUUGGUAGGCUCGGCUACUUGACAACUAGAAUUUCUAGGCUCGGCUACUUGUCAUAGGAAUUUUCAAGGUGUGGUGCCUUGCCAGAAAAGGGUUCUAGAUGCGGGUACUUAAGAACCAUGCUGUCUAGGCUCGGCUACUUGACAACUAGGAUUUCUAGGCGCGGCUCCUUGAAAACUAGAAUUUCUAGGCUCGGCUACUUGACAACUAGGAUUUCUAGGCUCGGCUACUUGGCAUAGAUGAUCUCAAGGUGUGGUGCCUUGCCAGAAAAGGAUUCUAGAUGCGGGUACUUAAGAACCAUGCUCUCUAGGCUCGGCUACUUGACAACUAGGAUUUCUAGGCUCGGCUACUUGGCAUAGAUGAUCUCAAGGUGUGGUGCCUUGCCAGAAAAGGAUUCUAGAUGCGGGUACUUAAGAACCAUGCUCUCUAGGCUCCGCUACUUGACAACUAGGAUUUCUAGGCUCGGCUACUAGGCAUAGAUGAUCUCAAGGUGUGGUGCCUUGACAACUAGAAUUUCUAGGAUCGGAUACUUGGCAUAGAUGAUCUCAAGGUGUGGUGCCUUGCCAGAAAAGGCCUCUAGAUGCGGGUACUUAAGAACCAUGCUCUCUAGGCUCGGCUACUUGACAACUAGGAUUUCUAGGCUCGGCUUCUUGACAUUAAAGCUCUCUAGAUGCAGCUCCUUACAAUUUUAGCCAACUUGUGACUCAAAAAAUUCCAAAUUCCAAUAUUUUCAGAUGAAAUUCGACGAAUUCCUCUUCACCUAUUUGGGUGAAAUGGGAAAAUACCAAAAAAUCCAAUUUCUACUGGUUUGUCUUCCAACAAUUGUUGUCUCAAUGCAUGCAUUAAGUUGGACUUUUGCCUCAGUUGACACGCCAUUUCGAUGUAAACUUGAAUUCGAUAAAAAUCUGGAGUAUUUUACGCCAAACUUGAAAUUCUCGAAAUGUUUGGAUAGCAGUGAUAAGGAAGUUAGUAUCAAGGAUUAUAAGAAGGAUGGAGUUUCGGUAAGUUGGGGGAAUCUAUAGGUCUAGAACAACAUCCCAUUCUUCCAGUGCUACUACAAUGAAAAAUGUCAAGAUCAAAAAAAUCGCACAUGUUCCGAACACGUUUUCGAUCACAGUAAAGUCAAAUACACGGCAACUGAAAGAUGGGAAAUCACAUGUGAUCGAGGAUGGAUCAAGGCAACAAUUCAAGCCGCUUAUUAUGUCGGACAAAUGGCCGGUUCGAUGACAUUUGGUGUACUUGGUGAUAAAAUCGGACGAAAAAAAGUGUUCUUUUUGGCGAUUAUCAUUCAAAUCAUCAGUGCCUAUACCAUUGCUUUGGCACCAUUUUGGUGGUUGUAUGCUCUAGCGAGAGCUGGAACCGGAUUUUCGCAUCCAGGAAUAUUUGUGAUUGCUGUUGUUAUUGGAAUGGAAUUGGUUGGACCGCAAUAUCGGAAAUUGGCGUCGGUUAUAACGGGAUUGUUUUUUGCGUUGGGGCAGGUGUUUUUGGCGAUUGAGGCCAUAUUUUUUACCGAUUAUCGCAUUUUACAUGUUGUUAUUGCGACGCCGGCACUUUUGUUUUUGUCGUAUUGGUGGUGAGUUAGCGGAAGUCUCAUUUGCAAGCCUCAUUUUGCUAGAGAGAUUAGGGAAUCAGAGAAACUAGAAGGUUAGAGAGUGUACGAUGUUAAGAGACGCAGAAAGGUAGCGAAACUACAACACUCCGCAAUUACGCUCUGUAUAGAUAGGGUGACGAAGUUAGAGACGCAGAGGGUGGAACCAUAUGUAGAUAACAUGAUAAAGUGAGAGACGCAGAGAAACUAGAAGGUUAGAGAGUGUACGAUGUCAAGAGACGCAGAGAGGUAGACAAACUAUUUAUAAAUUUACGAGAGCUCGCGAAACUACAACACUCCGCAUUUACGAUCUGUAUAGCUAGGGUGGCGAAGUUAGAGACGCAGAGGGUAGAACCAUAGAGAGCUAAACAUAUAAGAUAGUAUGGGGAACUGAGAGACGCAGAGAAGUAAGAUGGUUAGAGAAGAGACGGAAAUCAAUUUAGACAGUGCAGAAAUUGACGAGACGCAGAGAGGACAGUCAAAACAAGAACUCUCGCUUCUCUCGGUCAUAGAAAGAUGAGAGACGCAGAGAAACUAGACAGACUAGAGACGCUGAGUGUUGAGCCCCAUGUAGAUAGUACAAGAGACGCAGAGAAGACAGACAAAACAAGGCUUCUCUCGCUCAAAAUAUCACAGAAAGAGAAGCAGAGAAACUAGAGAGAGUACACCAGAGACGCAGAGACGUAGAUAAGUGUAGAGAGUACAAGAGAGGCGCAGAAUCAACGAGACCCAGAGAAACCAGGCAAGACAAGCUAGAGACGCAGAGAAAUCGACAAGCUAGAGACGCAGAGUGUCCUAUUUCCAGGCUAGUGCCCGAAUCAGCCCGCUGGCUCGUCUCCCAAAAACGCUACACCGAAGCGGAUCAAGUGCUCCAAAAAGCGGCCAAAGUGAACGGCGCAACUUUGCCCGAUCAAUGGUGGGAACAAUUGGAUGAUAAUCAACCAGCUACAACAAGUUCUGCUGAAGAAGCAGAAGAGAUUCCGAAGAAGGCGUUGAGCGGCGCGGAUUUGUUCAAAACUCCCGAAUUGCGAAAGAGAACGUUGGUGGUCUUUUUCUUAUGGUAAGUUAACUGUUUAAUCUGAGCAAUCAUCUCAACCCUUUUCCUAGGCCCGUCAUCUCAAUGGUCUACUACGGUAUGGCAAUGAAGGCCAAUGUUUUGGGUGGCGACAUCUACACUUCUUCGAUUUUCGCAGCUCUCGUUGAAAUCCCCGCCCUCUUUGUUGUCUAUUUACUCAUCGAUCGAAUCGGUCGCCGAUUGCUUUUAGCUGGCGGAUUAUUUAUCGCUGGAGCGUGUUUGAUUCUGAAUUGGUUGAUGGGAACAAAUGUGCCGUUGGCUGUUGCGAUUGCACAAAUGAUGGUGACGAAAGGAGCUAUUACUGGGGUUUAUGCGGCCAUUUAUACGUAUUCACCGGAACUUUUUCCAACGGUUGGUGAACCGGGGGGGGGCACGCGCUCCACCGAAAUAAACACGCAACGCAGACCGCGUCGCGCCACAACACACACGGGAGGGAAUUUGAAUCGUUUCCUUAUUUGUGUGUGUUGUGGUGCGACGCGGUCUGCGUUGCGUGUGGAGCGCGUGGCGCCGAUGAGAUAUUCGAUAAUAGUUUUUGUUUGGUGCCACGUGGCAAAUUGAAAUUUUUUUUGUUCGAAAAAAUACGAUUUUCAUACGUAGAAAUACGCACUUUUCAAAAAUAAAAAAAACAAAAAUUGAAAAAUUGAAAAAUUAAUUUUUGCAAAUUUAGAUUCUGCAGGUUUUCAACGGAAUUUUCCAGAAAAAUUCAAAUUUUCAAUGAAAAUACCAGAUUAUCUUGGUAAUUUAAAGUUGCCACGUGGCAGUUUAAAAUUCGUCAGUUUUAAAUCAAUUUUCAUAUAACUUUGUGCUGAUGCCACGUGGAAAACUCAGAUUUUUCAAGCUUUCUGAAUUUAAAACCACAUUUUCUAGAAUAAUUUUAGAUGCCACGUGACAAAUUGAAAAUUUCUCAUUAAAAAUCGAUAUUCAAAGUCACUGCUACGUCACUGCCCAAAAGUCUAGACUUGCAAAUUUCGAAUUUCCCUGCCUCUCUCACUUUCCCACACUAUUUCCCACUAAUUCUUGCAGACAAUCCGCAACACCGCAAUGGGUUUCUGCUCAACAAUCGCAAGAGUCGGCGCAAUUGCCGCCAGCUACGUUUCAAUGUGGAUUGCCGAGCGUUUCGGCAAAGUGUUCAUGAUAAUUCCAUUCGGCAGUUUGGCGGUGAUCGCCGCACUUUUAACCCUAUUCUUCUUGCCCGAGACAAUGGGAAAACCAUUGCCGGAAUCGGUUGAGGAAAUUGAAGCUGGUGAUGGAUAUCAAUCCGGGCAGGAAUUACAACCACUUUCCGGGAAGACUGAGGAAACUGCAUAA